AUGACUGUGAAUGUGACAGAUCAGAUUUGUGUAUGGUGCUGGCAUCACAUUAUGGAUAUGGCUGAGAAAGAUGAUACAGAAGGGAGGUGUCCAGCGUGUCGUACGCCUUAUAACAAGGAAAAGAUAGCGGGGACUGCAUCAAAAUGUGAAAGGUUUGUUUCUAUAUCUCGGACAGCAGCUGGCGCCAUACAUCAUUUUGCAAACAAUACUUGUAGCGUAUAUAUUACUUACUCAAAGGAGGAUGAAGCAGUUCAAAGUAUACAGUCAGUACAUGGGUUUGUUUCAGAGGGUAGACCAUUGAAAGCCUGUUUUGGGACUACAAAGUAUUGUCAUGCUCUCAGAUUUGAUUGUUCUUUCGGUUUUGCAUUUCUUUUUCACCAUCUAAAUGAAGCAAAAUAA